CUUGGGUGAGCACUCACUGCUCGCCGCCCCUCAGACCCGCUACUGCUCUGCCAGGGCAGACACACCCCCACCCCGCUUCACCCCACCUUCCGAGUCCCCGGCUACGGGGCUUUCUUCGAGCUCUGCUCGGUCGCAGAAGAAGGCUUCGCCUGAGCCCAGCAGCGCCUUCGGAGAGCACUUCCAUGGGGUUCAGGUUUCCGAAACCUUCGCGCCCAUCUCAGUCCCACCAGGCUUGGCCAGCAGUGGGGAGCUCCCGCGUCCAGUGACUUGGGACAAGUUCGAGAGCUGCCCAAUCGCUGGCUAUCCCCCAGCCUCUAACAAGGCUAGAAGGCAAACCGCUGUGGCUGCAUCAGGGGGUCGGGACUGCCCCCUCCACACCCAGCCCCAAGCGAUGAUGAAGACGACGUCCAGUGGGAACUGUGCGCUCAGCGUGCCCGCCAAGAACUCCUACCGCAUGGUAGUCUUAGGGGCCUCCAGAGUGGGCAAGAGCUCCAUCGUCUCUCGAUUCCUCAAUGGCCGCUUUGAAGACCAAUAUACACCCACCAUCGAGGACUUCCAUCGGAAGGUCUACAACAUCCGAGGGGAUAUGUACCAGCUUGAUAUAUUGGACACAUCAGGCAACCACCCCUUCCCAGCCAUGAGGAGGCUGUCCAUCCUUACAGGAGAUGUCUUCAUCCUUGUGUUUAGCCUGGAUAACCGAGAGUCCUUUGACGAAGUCAAACGUCUCCAGAAGCAGAUCUUGGAAGUCAAGUCCUGCCUGAAGAACAAGACCAAGGAAGCUGCUGACCUGCCCAUGGUGAUCUGUGGCAACAAGAAUGACCACGGGGAGGUGUACCGCCAGGUCCCCACCGAUGAGGCCGAGCUCUUGGUCUCUGGUGACGAGAACUGUGCCUACUUUGAGGUGUCGGCCAAGAAGAACACCAACGUGGAUGAGAUGUUCUACGUGCUCUUCAGCAUGGCCAAGCUUCCCCAUGAGAUGAGCCCGGCCUUGCACCGUAAGAUCUCUGUCCAGUAUGGAGAUGCCUUCCACCAGAAAUCCUUCUGCAUGCGCCGGGUGAAGGAGAUGGAUGCCUAUGGGAUGAUCUCCCCAUUCGCCCGCCGGCCCAGUGUCAACAGUGACCUCAAAUACAUCAAGGCCAAAGUCUUGCGGGAGGGCCAAACCCGAGAGAGGGAGAAAUGCACCAUCCAGUAAGAAGAGUGUUGUAGGGAAGGCAGCUCACCCCAGCAGUGCCUUAAGGGACAUGGCUCUGGAGAAUGCCCCCAGCCAAACUGGGGGAAGCGAGGGUACUGGGCAGCUGUGCUGCCCUCCUCCCUUGCAUUGGGAGCCCAAUUGCACUGGACACCAGGGCAGCAUCCCCUUGGGCUCUGUAAAUAGUUCUGGGUCUUCUCUGCUGCCUCCCCUCUCCCCGUUGAUUCUCCCUGUCUCUUACUGAGAUAACUGACUCCCUGCACUUGGUAGGAGAAUGUCUCUCUGCCAAGGAGGAGACAGAUGAGAGAUCUCGGUUGGCGUGAGUGUGAGCCGGAGCUUUCAUCUUCUGGAGGAUGACACCUCAUCAGCGGGAGUUCAGAAGGGCCAGGAGACAAUCACAAAGCCUUUCUCCAGAACUCGAUCCCGCUGAGCCUCUGAACUCAUCUUGUGGGUCACGGUCUCUUGGGUGAGGACUGGACCAGGCAUUGGGUCUGGGGGUGUUUGAGCCAUCCGGGUUGCAGUCCUCUGCUUUGGGGAGGGCUGCUCUGAGCAGGAGGGAGGUGACACAUAGCUCUCCCACGAAUUUGUGUCCUUAUUUUCUGCUGUUGAUUUUUUCCCUCUCCUGCUGAUGCCCUCUUCCCACACCCCCAACCAAAGUAGACUCAGUGGUGUUCAUGUGUUUGAUAUGAAGUGUGUUUGAUGUAU